ACAAUUUAUUGCCCAUCCGCUUAUUAAAAGUUCAAAACCCCACCACCACAGCAAAAAAUUCAAUUUUUGGUUGUGACUUUGUAAAAGUCUUUUGUGAAUAUAUUCAUCAGUGAUUGUGACUUUGUAAAAAUCGUCUAUGAAUUCAUCAGUGAUUGUGAAGGGAAGGCACUUUCUUACUGUAUAGCAAAACAUGGCAGGGACACAGUGCUGUGAGAAUCCACCAGCUUUGAGCUCAAGCAGUGGCUAUGGAUCUGUUUUUGAACUUGGAGGACUCAAAACCUACGUCUCUGGUUCUUCCGAUUCCAAAAAAGCCAUCCUCCUCAUCUCUGACAUUUUUGGUUAUGAAGCACCAAAUCUGAGGAAGCUUGCUGACAAAGUUGCAGCUGAUGGUUACUAUGUGGUGGUUCCUGAUUUUUUUUAUGGGGAUCCUUACAAUUCUGAAAAUAAGGAGCGGACUAUACAAGUCUGGUUAGAAUCACAUGGAACAGAUAAAGGAUUUGAAGAUGCAAAGCAUGUUAUUGCAGCUUUAAAAGAUAAAGGCAUAUCUGCAAUUGGAGCAGCAGGUUUUUGCUGGGGUGGAAAGGUGGUUGUACAAUUAGCUACUUCUGCGAAUAUUCAAGCUGCAGUGCUAUUGCACCCAUCAUUUGUCUCUGUGGAUGAUUUUACGGAGGUGAAGGCACCAAUAGCUAUUUUAGGAGCUGAGUUAGAUCGUCCAACUCCUCCUGAGCUUAUUAUGCAGUUUAAGGAGAUUUUAUCAUCAAAACCUGAGGUGGACAGCUUUGUGAAAAUAUAUCCUGGUGUUGCCCAUGGGUGGACUGUGCGAUACAACGUGGAGGACAAGAAGGCUGUGCAGAGUGCCGAAGAAGCUCAUCAGGAUAUGCUGAACUGGUUUGCCAAGCAUGUCAAGUGAGUGGAAAGAACAGUAGCAGUUGGAAAGUUUCCAGUUAAAAAAGUUCAAAAGUUGGUCAUGAUAAACCCUGUAUUGUAUUGUAUCUUUUAUUUAAAAGAAGAUUUAUCUUGCUAUGGUUAUGUUAAAUGUAGUGUAUGUUUAAAGAUUGCUAUUAUUGUAUGAACUCUAAUAUUGGACUUCCGCUUUUAAUAAAAUGUAUUUUAAUUUAGUGGUUAA